CACUACUAGAGAGAGUCCUGUCUAGUGUCUACUAUUUACGUAUUCAUAUACUACCAGAUCUGCUGGUAUCUAUCUAUUAGUCAGUGAAAUGACUACAGUAGCCUAGCUCGAGUAGCCCGAAUAUGGCCCACCUCAUUCUGCUGAAUGCCAGCAGACAAUCUGUACGGGAUGGGUCAACGUCGCCUCACGACUCCUCCCCGUCUGUGUCCAGUCAGCGUAGGGGUACUGUAAACGUAGAUACUCCGAGUUCAAGUGCCGGCUGUAGAAUGACUCAGAGUUUGAACAGAUAUAUGGAACAGAAUCCCAGUGAUGCGUUGCGACGAUUAGCCGUGGAAAGAAGUAACUUCACAUUCGAUACAGAAUCUUUAGCGGGGUCUAUCGUCGAUGGCGAAAAUUCUACCCCUCAUAGUGACGGCGAUGCCGACUGUCGAAAACCUGGUCACGUUGAAGUUUGUGCAGAGUGA